AUGCCUAAAAGGCACUCGUCCAUCCAUAAACUCCUAGACUACUUGGAGCGAGUAUUCAAGAAAGUUAACGGGGAGGUAGGCCUAUGCACGGGGUGCUUCCAAAAGUUCCCAACGGGCAAACUAUUAACUGCCCCCUGUGAACACCAAUACUGUCCCUCAUGCCUCCGUCGAAUGUCCUUGACAGCCUUGAACAGCCCGGAGAUGUUCCCGGCAAAAUGUUGCUCACAAGAGAUCCCCACAAAAGCAGUCGUGGCGGUGAUGAACUCUCAAAACAAAAAGCGCUAUAUCGUUCGAUGGGAGGAGAAUAAUGUCCCUCCUCUGGAACGCUUGUACUGUCCUCGGGCGACGUGUGGCGGAUGGAUCCCCCCAAGGAGCCCCGGGGCACGGUUAGGAUAUCGUGUUUGUCCUCAUUGCCGGGCGAAGGUCUGCUCCAAGUGUGGGGAUUUCUUCCAUCUCGGCUGGUCGUGUAGCCAUGACUCUGACACGAAGGCGACGUUGCGACUGGCAAAGGAGAAUAAUUGGCAGAGAUGCUCCAACUGCCUGUAUUUGGUUGAGAAGGUGGACGGAUGUAACCACAUGAUUUGUAGUUACCUCUGUGGUCAACGCGGCCAAUGCGAAUGUCCCCCACGUGGCGUCGAAAAUGAAGAUCUGGAUACAGAUGGGGAUUUUGACGUUGACACGCUGGUCGCUGCAAUGGAGCAAGCGGAAUCGGCGGGUGAACCUUGUUGGUGGGAGGAUGAGGCUUAG